UCUUAUAUAUCAAUCUUAGAAAACGGGCUUUUGCUUGCGAUAACGAAGACACAGUCUUGGUACCUCUCUCGAUACUCGGGGAUUUAUUUAUACUGGUGUCUUACGACGAUACUGAGGAGACGAAGAAGGAUUUUUACAAAGGGAAGAGGGUUGAGGCAGAAGUGGUACCCCGCCAUACACCACCCGUCGUCGCCACAAGGCACACCCACGAACACGCCGGCCACACUCCAUUUCGAAGCCUUUCCCUCCGCUAUAACCACCUCCAUCACCUCCACCUCCACCUCCCCCUCUCCACCCACCACGACACAGCAGACCAGCUUGACGAAGCAGGAUGUCAGGCAUGUGGGGCUGGUUCGGCGGGCAGAGCGCGCAGAGCCGCAAGGACACGCCCAAGAAUGCGAUUCUAGGACUGAGGUCGCAGCUCGAGAUGUUGCAGAAGAGGGAGAGGCAUUUGCAGACGCAGAUGGAUGAGCAGGAUGGGAUUGCGAGGAGGAGUAUUGCUACUAAUAAGAAUGCGGCACGAGCAGCGCUGAAGCGCAAGAAGCAGCAUGAACACACGCUCGACCAGACCCUAGCGCAGAUCUCGACGCUGGAGCAGCAGAUCUACUCGAUUGAGGCGGCGAAUAUCAAUCGUGAGACGCUGGCGGCGAUGGAGAGGGCUGGGCAGGCUAUGAAGCAGAUUCAUGGGAAGUUGAAUAUCGAUGUUGUGGAUCAGACCAUGGAGGACCUUAGGGAACAGCACGCGCUGGGCGAGGAGAUCGCGAAUGCUAUCACGAAUACCCCGCUUGGCGAGACGAUUGAUGAGUCGGAGCUGGAUGAUGAGUUGGCGGAGAUGGAGCAGGAGCAGCUGGAUGAUAAGAUGCUGAAGACGGGGACGGUGCCGGUGUCGGAUGAGAUUCAUAGGUUGCCUGCAGCGGUGAAUGGAGAGCUGAAGAACAAGCAGCCCGCCCGCCAAGAGGAAGACGAUGAGGAAGAGGAGCUGAGGAAACUGCAGGCGGAGAUGGCGAUGUAGGGACUGGUCCUGUGAAGUUUGAGAGUUUCCAAUACAAUACGAGUACUACUACUACACACCCACGGUACACAGUACACACCCACACACAGGCACGAGAAGGCGGAGGGUGGUUUUUUUUGAACGUUUCUAUUUUAUAUUAUUGAUUCCGCGUGUGCAUUGCACUGGGAGGGAGGCUGCUGUUUUUCGAGAAGAGGGUGGUUGGAUCAUGGACUGAGUCCGUGACAGAGUUUGGGGGGGGGGAUCGUUCUUUGCGGGGGUUUUGUGUCAGAUGGAGUUGUGCUUUUUGGUGGGG